AUGGCAGCUAGCAGAAGGGAAUCCUAUCCCAGGUUCAUGAACCAAUCAACAGCAAUAAGACCAAACUCAACUGUUGAUAUCACCUGUCAGAUGACACCAGGCCUUCAGAAUGGGGAAAAGAAUACACUAAUGACUCCUUACUGUCCAACAUGGAGAUCUACACUGUCUUCUCAUGCAGAUAGUGGACAUGGUUGGAGUGAAGGAGACACAGGACAUGCAGAAGAGAUGACAGAUCAGCUGAUUCCACAAUUCUGCAAGCCACAGAGUGGACAGUUCAAUAAAAUGGAUAAAAGACACAUAGAAGGAAACUUUAGCUACCCAAAUGAAUCAACAACAAUUCCAGCAAUAUGUUUUUCAAAAGCAACAAGUAAUCCCAUCAAUCUGUUGAGAAAGGAAACUGAACAAAAAUCCCAUCAUUUAUCAGACAGCAUUCAAAUUACUCACAAUGCCAGACCACUGCCUCCUGUACCUCACAAAAUACACUGA